AUGCCACAUGCUCGUGCCUUCGUCCCCCUCAGAGGAAACCAGGUGCCAGAUCCGUACAGAAACUAUUUGAACCGCAUGUUUGUCGAGGACACCCGCUACGACUGCUAUGUUGCUCACCGUGAUACGGUUCCGUGGGAUGACGGUGCACUAUAUUCUGGAUGGUUGGCAUGCAGUUCGACCAUCAUUGUUCGCUAUUUUUCGGAGCGCGUCAUGCGGCAGUUCGACUAUUGUCAGACGAUACCUCACCACCCUUCUGUCUCCGCUCCUACCUUGAUGACUCGUCAGCAUAUAGAUGAGGCCUUUGUAGACUUUGAGCAUCACAUGGUUUCGGAUGAGGCUCGGGCAACGUGA